AUGAAGACCCGAAAAUUGUGCAUAAACGAGUGUAUCCCCUAUGUGCAGAAGUACGAAUGGGGCAAGGGGAAAGACGGGAUGGUUUACGACGUUAUGAAGAAUAUUGUGAAGGAGAAUUACGAUUUGGUGAAAAAGGACAUUGAUAAGGUGGAAUACAUAAAGGAGUAUAUGCCGGAUGGUGAAGAGGAGAAGAGGAAGAAGAAAGAGGAGGCGUCGACAGGGGGAGCGGCGGGGGUGGAGACUGUCCCCCAGAAUGCCUCACCUGAGGAUAAGAGCAAGCAAAACCAACAAAACAGCAACAACGGCAAGGGUGAAGUCAAAACAAAUGAUGAACCGGAGUCAAAGUACGCAGAGCUCUGGAUCGGAAACCACGAAAAGGGUCCCAACUUAGUGCUGUACAAAAAUAAUUUUAUAAAAAUCGAAAAUUUUCUACAAAUAUAUGAAACGAAGAAAAAAAAAAAAGGAAAAAUUGCAAAAUAUUUUUACAAAAAAAUUGAAGACACGAAAAGUAAAUAUAACAAUAAAAAGAACUCAACAAAGUCGGAAGAUGUGAACAGCAUUCGGAGCAAAGAAACUGAUAUAAAGAGAUACUCUGACAUUGAAUUUUCCUCUUUGAAAAAUUAUUCCUUGUACGAAAAGUAUGACAUUGUAAUGGAAGACGUUGAUAAGAAUACGCUCUUUCCUUAUCUGUUUAAGUUGCUAUCCAUUUCGAAGCCCCUGAGCAUACAGAUUCACCCGAACGAAGUUCAGACCCUGUAUCUGAAUACACUGAACCCAACCCUUUACAAGGACAAAGUAUUCAAAACGGAGAUGUGCGUCUGUAUUAAUGCCAUGAGCUUGCUGUGCGGUUUCAUGAAUAUCUUUAAAAUUGCCUUUUUAGUGACCAGUGUGCGGGAGCUCCACGAUUUUUUCCUGAAGCGGGAGAAGCCGGGUGGGGGAAGUGGCGAAACUGGCAGUAAGAACGAACACGUGGAGGAGCUCAUGAAAAUGCUGGCGCGAAUUUACGUGUACAUAAUUAGCUACUCCCUGAAGAGGGGUAGCAGGCAGACCUACGACGUGCUAUCUGUGAUAGAUAACUACGCGGAGUGUAUCCAGAAGUACGUGUUCGAUGAAGGGUUCUUUGCGGGGUUUUACAAAAAUGACAAAUUUUUGGAGCAAAAUUUGAACUUGGGAAAUUUGAUAAAGGUGGAGAAGGAGAAGCUGCAAAACAGCGGCGGUGGUCGGAGGGGCGCGUCGGGGAUGAGCGGGUCGGAUGAUGAGGACGAGGAGGAGGUGGAGGUGGACGUCAAAGGGGGGGUAGAAGUGGGCAGUAAUGCGGAGUUAGAGGGAGAGGGCACAGUUCCAGUUUCAGCUUCGGUCUCGGUGUCUGUCUCGGGAGACGGCUCCGAGGCGAAGCGCACCGCGGAGACAGGGAGCAACGCGGACGCCCAGAGCACGCACCCACAGGGGAAGAAGCAAAACAGGGGAGUGCCACAGGAUGCGGGAGUGGAAGCGGCAGGGAAAGCAGAGGCGGGAGUGGGAGUGGAAGCGGCAGCGGCAGAGGCAGAGGCAGCGGAGGUGAAGGGGGAGGGUCCGGUGCGCUCGGACAAGAAGCAGGACCUGCAGUGCGCAGCCCAGCUAGUGAGCAGAAAAAAAAUAAAAUCGUUUUAUGAGCAUGUGUUCAAGUACCUAACGUACCGAACGAUGUUAGUCGAGGGAGAGAUGCUAAAUAAGUGUGUUAAUGACAUCGAAACGAAAAAUGAAAAAUAUAAGUCCUAUUUGAAGGAAAAGGAAUUAUGGAAAAAAAGUCCUGAUGAAAUUUACACAGAUUUGUGUAAGAAAAAAAACUACAAAGAUAUUCAGUCAGAUACGGAGAGUUUUAUUAUAAGUACCAUUUUUGAAAUUUUUUACAACGUGUCGAAAUUCUACCCUAAUGACGGAGGAAGAAUUUUUGUAUUUAUUUUACAACAACUAAAUUUGAAAGAUGGAGAUGUGGUGUAUAUCAAGCCAGGAGUUAUUCACUCGUACAUAUCUGGGCACUGCCUGGAGUGUAUGACUAACUCGGACUUAGUCAUCCGAGGAGGACUUACCAACAAAGAAAUGGAUAAAUUAAAUUUUAUCAAAUAUGUGAAUUACAAAAACAAUUACCCAAUAAUUCUUGAGAAGGAAUUUAUUAACUAUAAUAUAAUAUCCUAUAGUUACUACAAAAUGAAGCAUUUUCGAAUUUUAUUUUUGACCGUUCGACCAGGAGAGAGUGUAACCUUUUUAUUUUCUCACGUGAGCUUUACUUCAUGUAUCGUUUUGUCUAGCAAUCGGACUGUUAAGAUUAAGGGUAGAAAGAAUGACAAGAAGAAGGCCAGCAUUAAGGGCAUGAAGAGGGGCACUGUUUUUUUCAUUGCGCCCAGCAUCCUCGUGACUUUGGCGAACUUUUACGCGUCGGAGGCGGACGGCGACAAGGAGCUCGUGCUGUACUGCGCCACGUCUUGA